AUGUCGGAGACAGUAAAGCUCAUCAAUAAUAAGGAAAUACCACCCAAGGACAAGUUUCAAUUUGUGUACUGGAUUUUUUAUUUGAUGGGAAUUGGGAGUCUUCUUCCCUGGAACUUUUUCAUCACUGCAAAUGAUUAUUUCAUGUAUAAAUUGAGAAACACAACUACCAAUUCAAUUGAACCAACAACAGAUCAGCAAAAAGAUUUUGAAAGUGACUUGGCAGUUGCAGCUACCAUUCCGAAUGUUCUUUUCAACAUAUUCACAGUUAUCAUUGUCAAAUACCUUCACCAAAAAUAUCGCAUCAGCUUGAGUUUUCUCUUCAUUGCCAUUUUGUUGUUCAUCACAAUUAUAUUUGUCAAUGUCAACUCAGACGAUUAUCAAAAUACAUUUUUUAUUAUUGUGAUGAUGACCAUCGUAUUACUAAGUGCUUCCAGUUCUGUACUGACUGCAUCUGUAUUUGGCUUAGCGAGUAUAAUGCCUGUGAAUUACAUUGCAGCUGUAAUGAAUGGCCAGGCCCUUGGAGGAACAAUUGCAGCCUUAGCACACAUUUUCUCGAUUGCAGCAAGUGGAAGCGAGUCACUUGAUAAAAACUCAAUCAUCCUGAGUGCCAACAUUUUUUUUGCCUCUGCUUUGACUAUUACAGUCAUUGCACUUGUUGGCUAUGCCAGCCUCUUUUUUCUGAAAUUUUCCAAAUUUUACAUGUUAAAUGAUGCCUGCGAAACCAUGGAAAGUGCUGAUGAUUAUGAUGAAUCUGAGGUUGAUACGAAAGAAUCAAAGUCGUUCAUGUAUGUUUUGAAAAGGAUUUGGAGAUGGGGUCUUGCUAGUUAUUUGAUCUUUCUUGUGACUCUCUCCUGUUUCCCCGGAAUUGCUUCCCUUAUAAAACCUGUCAAUGAAGCAAAAAUUGUUCCAUGGUUCAGGCCUUUUUUUACGCCAACUGUCUGCUUUCUUUGCUUUAAUGCUGCCGAUUUGAGUGGACGGAUAGUAGCCAGCAAAUUUCAAUUGCUGAAACUCCAUUACAGUAAUCUUGCACUUUUGUUGGCUUGUCUUCGCAUCUGUUUCAUUCCUCUUCUGAUGCAAUGCAACACAGUACCUAGUGGCCAUCUUCCAUCAAUAAAUACCUCUCUUCCUCUUUUCAAUAACGACAUAACCCCAGUUGUACUGAUCACAUUAUUAGGAUUUACAAAUGGUUACUUGGGAAACCUAUGUAUGAUGUAUGGACCUCAGUUGGUGAGUGCAGCUGAGAGUGAACGAGCUGGUACAAUUAUGUCAUUGUUUCUAACCCUUGGCCUUGCUUCUGGGUCAGUCAUUUCACUCAUUUUAGUGAAAUUUUUAUAA